UUCAGCAUCAGUAUAUUUUGCUAUUUGCAAGCGCUGUUCAAGAACAAAAAUGAAAUACUUCGUUCUCUUGGCCAUCGUAGUGACAGUUGUUGCAGCUGUUCCAGUGGAUGUAGUUGAAGAUGAAGAGGGUCAACAGUAUUAUUUGGUGCCAGUGAGUCGUGAGAAAAGAGGGACUCAAUGGGGCCUCUCGGGUACCGGAGCUACCGUGGGUCACAGCGGCACAAUCGCAAACAGCGGCGGUCACAGACUCGACGGCGGCGCCUACGCCGGGAAGAACUUCGGAUCACACGGAGCGAGACCUGAUCAGGUCGGAGGUCGCUUAGACUACUCCCACGGAUCUAGAACUAGCGCCUUCGCUAGCGCCGAUCACGCCCGGCACUACGGCACCGACGUCAAUGCUGGGGUUCGACAUAACGUGUACCAGAACAAAAAUUUUGGAGUCGACGUCACUGGUCAGUACGGUAGACAUUAUGGAGGACCCUCUGGGACCGGAAGGGCUUCUUCUGGUGUUGGAGUUGUCGGUCACGGGACAUUCUAGGGCAUCUAUUAAUAAUUUUUAACUUAUUUAUUGUCAGGACUGUGUAGCUGUUGAUGUUAAAUUUAAUAAAAUUGUACAUAAAUU